UGUGCGGCUGCGCACUGAGUCGCCGCCGUCCCGGAAGCGCUGUGCUGAGUUCGCGCCACGUCUCUCCAGGGAUCCCCUCCCAGCUCUCUGCAGUCCCUGCGUCCGAGGACCAGGCCCGGAGCAUCAUGGGCAGCGAGGCCCCUCGAGCUUCAUCCUUCCAGAUGCUGCUGCUGCUGUUUCUGCUCCUGCUCCGGGCCGAGCGACUGCGGGGCGCUGAGCUCACCUUCGAGCUGCCGGACAACGCCAAGCAGUGUUUCCACGAAGAGGUGGAGCAGGGCGUGAAGUUCUCUCUGGAUUACCAGGUUAUCACCGGAGGCCACUAUGAUGUGGACUGCUAUGUGGAGGACCCCACGGGGAACAUCAUCUACAGGGAGACCAAGAAGCAGUAUGACAGCUUCACGUACAGGACGGAGGUCAAGGGCGUUUAUCAGUUCUGCUUCAGUAACGAAUUUUCCACCUUCUCUCACAAGACCGUCUACUUUGACUUCCAAGUGGGUGACGAACCCCCCAUUCUCCCAGACAUGGGGAAUAGGGUCACAGCUCUCACCCAGAUGGAAUCUGCCUGUGUAACUAUUCACGAGGCUCUGAAGACUGUGAUCGACUCCCAGACACAUUAUCGUCUGCGAGAGGCCCAGGACCGGGCCCGAGCUGAAGACCUUAAUAGUCGAGUGUCCUACUGGUCUGUUGGAGAGACUAUUGCCCUCUUUGUGGUCAGCUUCAGCCAGGUGCUUCUGCUGAAAAGCUUCUUCACAGAAAAACGACCCAUAAACAGAGCAGUCCACUCCUAGCCACGCUAGACCACUCCACAGCCCCUUGCGCCCCAGGGUCUCCAGUUCCUGCAGGGAUGGAGGUGUGACACAAGGUACAGGGAGAGCUGCAGGGAGAACAGAGGCCACGUUGUUGUCUGUGCACGUGUCUGAUCCUUGCACUCCAGCAACUGGAGGUCACAGAGCCAGUAAUCGGAAGCAUCUAAUUGUGUUGUGUAUAUAACAUUGACCAAAUGGUUUACGGGUCAGCCUAGGGAUUGGCCACUGUGGGGGGCAGCAGUGAUCUAGCAUCUAGUCUGUGGGAGAACUCCAAUGACCUGUGCUUCCAGGGUGGCUUCGGGUUCUGCCACUGCUCUAUGGUACAUGGGUCAUUGGGUUGUUGUGUCCUCAUCCAUCUGGAGAAGAAAGGAACUCUCGGUUUUUGCCUUUCUUCCCAUGAGCCUCUCUGUACCUAAGGAUAUCAGGUUUAAUCUGAAAGCAGUAGGGUCAGCUAUACAACCAGGACCCAAAUGGAGAGUGAGUGCCCUUGGUGAUCUCUAUCUCUUGGAGGCUGGACUGUGCUAAUAAAAACCAAGUUUGAGCACUCUG